AUGGCCAGGGCCCUCUCAUAUUCCCGCCACACCUCGCCGUUAACAAUGUCGUCGCUCCUCGUCAUUACCCUCUUAAUCGUCGCACCGCUCGCGUGCGUGGCCGUAACGCGCCCGUCGGACACGGAGGCGCUCCUCGCGUUUAAGAAAGCGCUAAAAAAUCCUGCGCCGCUCAAGUGGCCCGACUCUGGCGAUCCGUGCGAAGACGGCUGGGAGCACCUUUCAUGCAGCCGCGACCCGUCGUCCGACUACCACGUCGUUUCCAGCCUGCUCGUGCCGCAACUCGCCCUCGGCGGCAAACUCGCGCCAGCCCUCGCGAACCUGACGGACCUGCGCGCCGUGUUUCUGGGCGAGAACGGCUUCACGGGGCCGGUGCCGGCGGAGCUGGGGCGGCUGGAGAAGAUGGAGAAAAUAGGGCUAGACCACAACCUGUUCACGGCUAUUCCUGUUAAUCUCUUCGAGAACAUGACGAACCUGCAGGCUGUGUACCUGCUGGCGAACGACUACCAGGGCCAGUCCAUGCCGGAUUUCUCCAAGAACGCCGCCCUCCAGGUCAUGGAGCUCACCCAGUGCGGCUUCUCCGGUUCCCUGCCUGCGUACCUCGGCGGCAUGGCGUCGCUGGUGAACCUCAGCCUGGCGCACAACCAGUUCGCCGGUGAGAUGCCGCCCGACAUGUUCGGCCCGGGCCAGGCGAGUCUGCAGUCGGUGCGGCUGAACAACAACCAGAUCAAGGGGUCCAUUCCCGACGGGCUGGGCCAGGUGCCGCUGCUCUCGGAGCUGUGGCUGCACGGCAACAUGCUCUCUGGCGCCAUCCCCGACUCGCUGGGCGGGCCGCUGUCGCUGCUGCAGUCGGUGAAGCUGUACGAGAACCAGCUGACGGGCAUGGUGCCCAAGACGCUAGGCGACACGCCCAACCUGCGCGACCUGGAGGUGCAGAAGAACGACCUUGUGGGGCCCAUCUGGCGCUUCAUGAAGCAAUUCGGCAAUAAGAGCUACAUCCCCAACGGCUUCUGCGGCGCGAAGCCCGGCGACAAGUGUCCGCGGGAGACGAUGGCGCUGCUGGAGUUCCUCAAGGCCGUGCAGUACCCGCCCGUACUCGUCGCGUCGUGGAAGGGAUCGUCGCCGUGCGGCUCCGCCGACCAGGCGUCGUCGUGGGUGGGCGUGGGGUGUUCGGCGCGCGGCAGGGUGCGCAGCAUAACGCUGGCCAGGCAGGGUCUCAACGGCACGCUCUCGCCGUCGCUGGGCAAGCUCCUGUCGCUCGAGAUGCUGCAGGUGCCCGGCAAUAACCUCACUGGCCCCGUGCCGCCUGAGAUCGCCGCCUUGCCUGCGCUAAAAGCUGUCAACCUCGCCAACAACAGCUUUACGGGUGACCUGCCCCAGUUCGCGCCGGGAGUCACGGUACUCUCCAUGGGUAACCAGUUCACUGUUGCGGAACCGCCUGCGGCGCCGCCAUCCGAGCCGCCAGUCGAGCCGCCGGCUGCGCCUCCCUCUCUGCCUUCAGUGCCGAAGCCCCCCGUUGUGGUGCCGCCUGUUGUGGUGCCGCCCGUGGUCGUGCCGAAGCCCAAGGUGCAGCCGCCAGUUGUCGCUCCGAAGCCGAAAGUGCCGCCCGUCGUCGUCGUCAAGACUUCUCCGCGCAAGCCGCACGGUCCGCAUCGGCCGCACAGGCCUAAGAGCCCCGUGGUGUCGCCCCCUGUUAAUACUACUGCCCCCACCACGCCAGUGAAACCUGUUCCCCCGGCGCCUAGCAAAUCGCCAGCCCCCGUGCCCGACAAUGUGACCGCAGCGCCGUCUCUGCCGUCUACGCCUCCGCCGCAGGCACCAAUACAGAACGUUAGCGCGAUUGCUGGGGGUGACAGCGCCGCGAGCACCAGCAGCAGCAGUAGCAGCACCAGUGCGGCACCAGCGAGCAGCGAGAGCAGCGGCAGCUCCGUGCCGAUAGCGGCGAUCGUGGUCCCCGUGGCGCUGCUUUUGUGCGUCGCCCUCGCGCUCUGCGGCCUCUGCAUCUUCUUCCGCCGCUCGCGCCACUGGCGCCGCGUGGGCAGCCCGUCCAUGUCCGACUCGCGGGAUCCGCAGGGCGCGCUGGCGUCGGCAACGGUGCCGAUUUCGCUGGCGGGGGCCGUGGCGCCCACGGAUGUCAAGAUUCGCAUCGACCCCGCGGCGCUCGCCGCCAGUCGCGGGUACGCGUUGGGCGACUCGUCGGAGGGCGACCUGCUCAUCCGCAUCGAGGUCAUCCGCGCCGCCACCGGUGACUUCGCGCCGUCCAACAUCAUCGGCAAGGGCGGCUUCGGUACCGUCUAUAAGGGCGAGUUGGAGGACGGCACCAAGGUGGCGGUGAAGCGCAUGGAGCUGGGCCACCUCUCCACCAAGGGCCUCUCCGAGUUCCAGGCGGAGAUCGGCGUGUUGACGAAGCUGCGGCACCGCCAUCUGGUGGCGCUGCUGGGGUACGUCGUGGACGGCUACGAGCGCCUGCUCGUCUACGAGUACAUGCCCAAGGGUCCGCUGAGCCGGCACCUGUUCGACCACCAGCGCCUGGGGCUGCGCCCGCUGGACUGGCGCACGCGCGUGUCGGUGGCGCUGGACGUGGCGCGCGGGCUGGAGUACCUGCACGGGCUGGCGCGCGCGUCGUUCAUCCACCGCGACAUGAAGCCGAGCAACGUGCUGCUGGACGACUCGUUCCGCGCCAAGGUCUCGGACUUCGGCCUCGUCAAGCAGCAGCAGCUCGGCGGCAUCGACGGCUACCAGCCCUCCAUCGAAACCCGCCUCGCCGGCACCUUUGGAUACCUCGCGCCGGAAUAUGCGGUGACGGGCAAGGUGACGACCAAGUCGGACGUGUAUAGCUACGGCGUUGUGCUCAUGGAGCUCGUCACGGGCCGACGCGCGCUUGACUCAAGCCAGUCCGAGGACACGGUGCACCUCGCCACGUGGCUGCCACCGCACAUCCCCGACCGCCAGAAGCUCGCCCUCGUGGUGGAUCCGACGCUGGCAGCGGAGUCGCCCAUGAUGGUGGGCGGGGAGGCGGGCAGCGGGGCGACGGUGUUUGAGUCCAUCUGCGCCAUGGCGGACCUCGCGCUGCACUGCACCGCCAGGGACCCCAAGCGACGCCCCACCAUGAGCGACGUUGUUGCUGCGCUCGUGCCUCUUGUGCAGCAGUGGAAACCCCAGGACCCGUUGGAGGACCAGACGGGCGGCAUCGACAUGGCAAUCAGCCUGGCGGACGCGCUGCAGCAGUGGAAGGAGAUGGGCGAGGGUGAUGAGCUGCCUGGCGCCUACAACCCUGAUGAUAGCUUGUGCGCCGACUGCAGCCCCAGCUUCGACGGGCUGGGUGCUGUGGCUGCCGCAGGGGCGUGUGCCAACGGGUGCUGCAAGGGCAAGAAGGCAGCAGGCGAGGAGGGUGAGGCGUCAGGUGACACGGCAGGGGAGAAGCUGGGUGCAGAGGCCAAGGAUGUGGGGGCGUUCGUGAGUGGUGACCUGGAUGAGGCGGCUACGCUGGGCACUGGCAGUGGCAAGGGAGGCAAGGUGGUGCUGGUUGAGUAUGGCGGCAAGCAGCCUAGUGCAGGCGAGGCAGCAGCGACAGCAGCGAAGCUGGGUGAGGUGCUGAAUGGGCUGUCGGCGCCGGGCAUGACUCUGGAGGAGCAGUAUGCAGCGGAUGGCUCCCCAGGCAGGGCAGACCUCAGUGUGGUCAGCAUUCCCACCUUUGUUCCGGGUGCUGCUGUGGUGUCCGCCAGGUAG